GGUUCUUCCUGUCCUUAGUCGGGAGGGGGCGCUGUGCGCAGGCGCGAGGUGACGCCGCGGCAGGGCCGGAAGGAGUGCAGCGGCUGCCACGGAGCUCGCAGCUGCGGCUUCUGAGGAGUAAGCGGCGCGGUAGCGAAGGCCGCCGAACCCGCCUGGCUAGCCGGCGACUUGAGUGGCGACCCUUUUGAAACAGAUGGUCACCAUGUUUAGAUAUUAGCAGUCCCGUAUGUGCAUGUCUGCAUUUGAAAAUGGAAGAGGGAAACAACAAUGAAGAGGUAAUUCACUUGAACAACUUUCACUGCCAUCGGGGACAAGAGUGGAUCAAUCUCAGAGAUGGGCCCAUCACCAUAUCUGACUCCUCAGAUGAGGAAAGGAUUCCAAUGCUGGUCACCCCAGCUCCUCAGCAGCAUGAAGAGGAGGACCUGGAUGAUGAUGUCAUCCUGACAGAAACAAAUAAACCUCAGAGAUCACGACCCAAUCUCAUCAAACCAGCUGCCCAGUGGCAAGAUCUGAAAAGGUUGGGAGAAGAAAGGCCUAAAAAGUCUAGAGCAGCAUUUGAAUCAGAUAAGAGCAGCUAUUUUUCAGUGUGUAACAACCCAUUGUUUAAUUCUGGGGCACAGGAUGAUUCUGAGGAUGACUACGGUGAAUUUCUGGAUCUUGGGCCUCCUGGAAUCUCUGAAUUCACUAAGCCAAGUGGCCAAACAGAAAGAGAACCCAAGCCUGGACCGAGUCGUAACCAAGCAGCAAAUGACAUUGUCAACCCCAGAUCAGAGCAGAAAGUCAUCAUCUUGGAAGAAGGUAGCCUUCUUUACACAGAAAGCGAUCCUUUGGAAACUCAGAACCAGUCAUCCGAAGACUCAGAGACAGAGCUGUUAUCAAAUCUAGGAGAGUCAUCUGCUCUAGCAGAUGAUCAGGCCAUCGAAGAAGACUGCUGGUUAGAUCAUCCUUACUUCCAGUCUCUGAACCAACAGCCCCGUGAAAUAACAAACCAGGUUGUUCCUCAGGAACGGCAGCCUGAAGCAGAACUGGGCCGCUUGUUGUUUCAGCAUGAAUUCCCAGGGCCCGCUUUUCCAAGGCCAGAACCCCAGCAAGGUGGGAUUUCAGGCCCCUCUUCUCCUCAGCCUGCCCAACCUCUAGGAGAGUUUGAAGACCAACAGUUAGCAAUUGAUGAUGAAGAGCCAGGUCCAGCCUUUCCAAUGCAAGAAUCUCAAGAGCCCAAUUUGGAAAACAUUUGGGGGCAAGAAGCUGCAGAGGUAGAUCAAGAACUCGUUGAACUAUUAGUGAAAGAAACGGAAGCAAGAUUUCCAGAUGUAGCAAAUGGGUUUAUUGAGGAAAUAAUUCAUUUUAAGAAUUAUUAUGAUCUGAAUGUACUUUGUAAUUUUCUUCUGGAAAACCCAGAUUAUCCAAAGAGAGAAGAUAGAAUCAUUAUAAAUCCCAGUAGCAGUCUGCUGGCCAGCCAAGAUGAGACAAAGUUGCCUAAAAUAGACUUUUUUGACUAUUCUAAAUUGACUCCUCUUGACCAGCGCUGCUUCAUCCAAGCUGCUGACCUCCUCAUGGCCGACUUCAAAGUGCUCAGUAGUCAGGACAUCAAGUGGGCCCUGCACGAACUCAAAGGACACUAUGCAAUCACCCGAAAGGCCUUGUCUGAUGCCAUUAAAAAAUGGCAGGAGCUAUCACCAGAAACCAGUGGAAAAAGGAAGAAGAGAAAACAAAUGAACCAGUAUUCUUACAUUGAUUUCAAGUUUGAACAAGGUGACAUAAAAAUAGAAAAGAGGAUGUUCUUUCUUGAAAAUAAGCGACGACAUUGUAGGUCCUAUGACCGACGUGCUCUCCUUCCAGCUGUGCAACAAGAGCAGGAGUUCUAUGAGCAGAAAAUCAAAGAGAUGGCAGAGCAUGAAGACUUUUUGCUUGCCCUACAGAUGAAUGAAGAACAGUAUCAAAAGGAUGGCCAGCUGAUUGAGUGUCGCUGCUGCUAUGGGGAAUUUCCAUUCGAGGAGCUGACGCAGUGCGCAGAUGCUCACUUGUUCUGCAAAGAGUGUCUCAUCAGAUAUGCCCAAGAGGCAGUCUUUGGAUCUGGAAAGUUGGAGCUCAGCUGCAUGGAAGGCAGCUGCACGUGUUCGUUCCCAACCAGUGAGCUGGAGAAGGUGCUCCCCCAGACCAUCCUGUAUAAGUACUAUGAGCGAAAAGCCGAGGAGGAGGUUGCGGCAGCCUACGCCGACGAGCUUGUCAGGUGCCCGUCCUGUAGCUUUCCGGCCCUGUUGGACAGUGAUGUGAAGAGGUUCAGCUGUCCUAAUCCUCACUGCCGAAAGGAAACCUGUAGGAAGUGUCAGGGACUCUGGAAAGAACAUAAUGGCCUCACCUGUGAAGAGCUGGCUGAAAAAGAUGACAUCAAGUACCGUACCUCUAUUGAAGAAAAAAUGACUGCUGCCCGCAUUAGAAAAUGCCACAAGUGUGGGACUGGCCUCAUCAAAUCUGAAGGCUGCAACCGCAUGUCUUGCCGCUGUGGUGCCCAGAUGUGCUACCUCUGUCGAGUUUCUAUUAAUGGAUAUGACCAUUUCUGCCAACAUCCCCGCUCACCAGGAGCCCCUUGCCAGGAGUGUUCAAGGUGCUCUCUCUGGACCGAUCCCACUGAAGAUGAUGAGAAGCUUAUUGAGGAAAUCCAGAAGGAGGCUGAAGAGGAACAGAAAAGAAAGAAUGGAGAGAACACCUUCAAACGCAUUGGACCCCCGCUGGAGAAGCCUGUGGAGAAGGUGCAGAGGGUGGAGGCCCUCCCGAGGCCCGUUCCGCAGAACCUGCCACAGCCACAGAUGCCACCCUACGCCUUUGCGCACCCACCCUUCCCCCUGCCUCCCGUGCGGCCUGUGUUCAACAACUUCCCACUCAACAUGGGGCCUAUCCCAGCCCCGUACGUGCCCCCUCUGCCCAACGUGCGGGUCAACUAUGACUUCGGUCCCGUCCACAUGCCCCUGGAGCACAACCUGCCCAUGCACUUUGGCCCCCAACCACGGCAUCGCUUCUGAUGGUCCCGAAUCCCCAUUGAGCAGCACAAAGCCCGUUUGGGGUAGGAGUGUGGAUGGAGAACCCUCCCUCACCCCUCCCCCAAGGCUGGUGGCUGUACCAUUGCAUCCUAAGUCAGGUUGAAGGGUAGGCUGGUUUUCUUCCCACCCCUUUCCUAGAAGGGCUACUGCUCGUGGAAGAGUGGACGGAUCCAUAAUAAAAGAUGAAGUCCCAAAUGGUGGAGUUCAGAGAGAGCUGCGAUGUGAACUGCCCCUCCCCUUGCAUCCCCCAGGCCACCAACGGCAGCCCUUCUGCCUUUUCCAUGGCAUAGGCCAUAGGCCAGGCCCCUGCUGCUCACACCUGGGCCUCUCCUCGGAGCCGACCCCUGGGGAGCAAGGCAGCCGAGAGCAUCUCCCUGGAGGGGCCCACGGUUGGGCCAAGGGCAGAGGGGGCUGCAUCUGCGGGCCUGGGAAGCAUUGCUCAGGGUGGGGGGCUGGGACCAUGGCCCGCAGAGGCACUGCCACAGCUGUGAGGGCCAAGAUGCUGUCCCCCCAUCCAGAACUCAUGUGCCACUGCAGUGAGUGUUGAGGGCACCUCUCCUCCCCUUUUACGCCUACUCAGAUGAGGCAGCAGCAGACGCAUCUCACAGCAGGGGUUUUGUUCUGUUGCCGUCUAACUUUCUCACCCUCGGUCUCUGGAAAGUCAGGCUGAGAAAUCCUUUCCCAGGCCAGGCCGCUGCGGUGCACUGGAUGGUUCUGAAGCUGGCCCAUUGAAAGAGCCUCUUAAGGUAGCUGGGACAGAGGCCUGGUUGCCGUGCCGGGCAGCCCAGCUGCUGGGUGAGAUGUUUCUGCCACCCUGGGUGAUGAACAGCUUUUCCCCCCUGGCUUUCUGGGGGAGGAGUGGGCCUCUUUAGGGAGACAGGUGACCCUGGGUGCCGCCCCUGCCCCGUGUGUGCCCCGGGUGUUCUCAGUGGUUGGUGAAGGCAGGUAGAGAGAGAGGGUGCUGUCCAGUGCCCCCCAUGUGAGGGCCACUUCCCUUCUCAUGGAGUCAGCUGAGCAUCAGCUCAGCCCUGCCAUGUCCCCACUCACCCUCCUCGCCUCCUGUCCAGCCCUGGGUUUCUAGCCGUGCCUGAGGCAUCACUCCGGCCCAUUGACAGAUGAGAGGCCUGAAGCCUUCCUGGCCACAGGCAUCACUUUCUCCUCCUCCUCGUGCCCUGCCUUGUCCUUGUCGUGUUGCCACGGGGUUCCGAGAGGUUGGGAGUUCACAGACCUCAGACACAGCUGAGCCCAACAGCCAUUGGGGUGGGGCUGCAUCAGCCUCUGGAGUGGCCCGCCACCUCCUGCAGCAGGGCCUGGCCCACCCAAGGUGCCCGGGGCAGGUGGGCACCAUUAUUCGCUGCCAUUGGCUUCUCAGAUGUAUUUCAAGAACUAAAGUGGGCACUAAGAUCUAAGAUGGCCGGGUUUGGUGGCUCCCGCCUGUAAUCCCAGCACUUUGGGAAGCCGAGGCAGGCAGAUGACUUGAGGUCAGGAGUUUGAGUCCCCGUCUCUACUAAAAAUACAAAAUUAGCUGGACGAGGUGGCGCAUGCCUGUAAUCCCAGCUACUCAGGAGGCUGAGGCAGGAGAAUCACUUGAACCUGGGAGGCGGGGGUUGCAGUGAGCCAAGAUUGUGCCACUGCACUCCAGCCUGAGCAACAAGAGCAAAACUCUAUCUUAAAAAAAAAAAAAAAGAUCUAAGAUACCCAUUCUUUCUGCCUUUGCCCAGGAUGGAGGCUUUGAAGACAGGUGGUCACCUGGGCAUGGGAUAAGGGUGCGCAGGGAGGCCGGGUUUGGGGGCAGCCUGCUGCUAUGUCCUUGCUGGCGCCCAUACAUGUUGGACUGCCUGAACUUUGCUACUAGCCUGAACGACAGUGCCUUGGAAAGGCGGGCUCCAUGCGGCAGCAACAGGAUUGUCUUCAGUACCUUAAAUAUGCUCCCUGUGCUUCCCCAGGGAGGAUCUCUGGGAGCAGAGGGCGGCUGUAGACAUCACAGCUGAAGAGGUGACCUCAGGCCCUGGGAGCCUCAGCUCCCUCUGCCCUGCACCCUAGGCACGUGGCUCCAGCAAGAGGCCCAGGCAGGACAAAGGGAGCAGGCAGCAGCUGCAGAAACAGCCCUAGACAGGUGCUGACCUCAACCCUGGCAGGGGAGGGGGAGCCCAGAGUGAUGUUUCUCCUAAGGCCAAACCCCAAGGGUGGGUCGUUUGAGAGGAGUUCCAGCUGUUCUGGCCACAUUGAGCUGGUGGGGAAGGAGCUGCUUGCCUUUUUCCUUGGAGGGUCCCUGAUUCCUGAGGAUCCUCCCCGAGCCAGGCACGGGGGACCACAGGGCUGCCGUGAGCACCCACCCUGGUUCUCCAGGCCCCCCUGUCCAGAGGCAGGGCCUGGACCUCGGGCUCCUGCCUGGACCAGUGACAGGGUUGGGGAGAGAAGCACUGGGGGUCUUCUGACCAACCAGCAAGGGGCCGUGCCAGUGCCCAAAGAGCAGGUCAGACCACAGGCAACCCUGAGGCAGCUGGCACCCUCUCUCUGCCCUGCAGGGCUUGCCCCAAGGCGUGAGGCUCCCCAGCCACAGCCCCCUCUUACUUGCCUUAAAACUGGAGAGAGGAAUCUAGUAUUUGCACUUAGCAAAAUAUUUAAAAACUGAAAAAAAUGUGCAUGAUCUGUCACUUUGUAUAAAAACAGAAAAAACGAUUAGUUCAUUAAACUUUUUCUUUACCUUCUGGUAGUGAAAAUAGAUAAAAUAAUUCCGUUUCAACUACUGUGUGUAAAAAGCCUGUAUCAUAUGUAACUGGGACUUUUGUAAAUAAAUGUUUGUGCGCUCUGC